CCUCGGCUCAACCCACCCAUCAGAUACGCGACCGUGGAUAUAUAAUUCCCAGCGUGGGUCGCCCAGCUGGCGUUUGAGCAACCUACUCUUUCCUUCGACUCGCUGUGAAUACUUUGCAUUGCAAUGUCGACCCUUAUCCGCCCGCCGCCUGCCAAUCCGGCAAACUCGAAGAUUGAGAACCUCCUGGAGCUGACCCAGCUAUCUGACAUAGAUUCCGACCUCUUCACCAACACUCGGCCGUUGUGGCAUCCUCCAGGUGCGCGUGGUAUUUAUGGCGGUGCGGCCAUUGCACAGUGCUUGAGCGCGGCUCAGAAGACUAUUCCCAAGGACUUCACCGUCCAUUCCAUGCACUGCUACUUUGUCCUCGCCGGCAACUCAGACAUCCCCAUCAUUUACCAUGUCGAAAGGGUACGAUCGGGCAAGUCUUUUGCGACCCGAACUGUUCAGGCAAGGCAAAGAGGGAAGGUCAUCUUUACUACUACCUUGAGCUUUGUGAAACAGAACAGUGGCGGCAAGCAGCUGGUCCAGCAUGCUGUAAAAAUGCCAGAAGUGCCACCGCCAGUUGAGGGAAUGGACGACCUGGACGACCGCGGCGCCCCUUCAGGUCCUUUCCAGAGUCAACGGAUUGAGAUUUUCAACAACGAUUCCCCGAACCCCGAAGAUAAGAAGUGCAGACAGUGGAUCAAAGCCCGCGGCCGCAUAUCGCCCGAAGGCGGCCAUGAAGCCCAUCUCUCCGCCCUAGCCUACAUGUCCGAUAGCUACUUCGUCGGUACCAUUGCGCGCGCACACAAGCUCUGGAGGUACUCCGCUUUCAGGAAGGACAACUCAAAGUCAAGCAUUGACGAGGAGACGCUUAAAAAGCUGCUCGUUCUGGACGAGGAGAAGCUGAAGCGGUUCAAGCACGUCGAUGAGGCCGAUCUUGAGCACAUUCGGGCCCUCAGGAACGGCGAGGCUGUCGAAAAACCGGAGAUUGGCAUGAUGGUUAGCCUGGAUCAUACCAUUUACUUCCACAACCCGAGAAGCUUCAGGGCCGAUGAGUGGAUGAUGACGGAGAUGGAGACCCCUUGGAGUGACGAUGGCCGUGGCCUCGUUUUCCAGAGGAUAUUCACCCGUCACGGGACUUUGAUUGCUACCUGUGUUCAGGAAGGCCUUGUUCGUCUUAAGCAAAAAGAAGAAGCGAAGCUGUAGUUGGGACAUUACUAAGCUCCCUUUCUUGCACAUCCUGCUACUUGACCAUUGUUUUAUAUCUUGCAGUUCUAGGGGGUCAGAUACCGAUGGAUGGGCAGGUGUUGUAUAUCAGAUCGAAGCAAGCGGAAUAAGCGAUACACUCUAGGACUUCCAGUUGUCAGGCCGUGUGCACCUCGCUAUACAGACAGUGGACGUACUACAGUAGCUGACGAUUUCUAUAUAAGCGGCUAACGGUAUGACGUACACAGUACAGCUUAUAAUACUGUUGUAAUUGCGCC